GCACGGUAAACAGUCCCUGUGAUUACAAACUAGUAUUGAACGUUAUACUGAAACUCUGAAGUAAACAGUUAAGUUUUGAUUUACUUGCUUAUAAUAUAAGCAGCCACUGCCGCGAGGAGGUUUUAUUAAUGUAGUUUAAUUGUUCGGUUCAUCCUUUCUGAAAACGUGCCCUUAAUACCUCCAAACACUCAACUUAAAAGCCCCACUGUGGUUGGUCUCAGAUGUCUUGUGCACUGAUCAGCGCCUCUGGAGCCCGGGUCCCACUUGAGGACGGACGAGCUGUGAUUCUGGGCCGGGGUCCGGACACCGGAGUCACCGACAAGAAAUGUUCCAGGCACCAGGUGAAGGUGGUGGCUUCCUUUGCAGACAAGGCUGUGGUUGUAACUCAGCUGGGUCCCAAUCCAAGCUUUCUGGACAGUGAGAAGCUGACCCGGGGCCAGUCUGGUAAACUUACCCACGGAGGGACUCUCUACCUGGUUAACCAGAACCACCCAUUUAAGUUGCAUUACUCCUUAAGCUCCAAUGGAACAGCCACCAGUGCCACACCUAAAGGGCUUAAAGCAAAAGAUAAGACCAAGGGAGGAAGGAAUGAAAAGGAGGCGCAGUCAAGUCCGACACCAAAGCGGAGUAUAAAGGAUUUCUUUGCUACGUCUCCAAUGAAGUCUUCCAAGAGACCACUGAGCCCAGAGAGGGGGCAGCCUGAGGUGAAGCGCACACGAAGGAAUGAGCAGGCCUCAGAUGGGAAGCUGGAGGAAGAGGACGAGGAGGAGAGACUGGCAGAGGAAAAGCUCAAACAGCUACAAGAGCUGGCAGAGAAGUCUCUGUCUGAUAGGAGUAACACCCAGCCUUCAUCUGCUGCAGCAUCGUCAUCGUCUUCAGUGGGAUGUCUGAAGAACAGUUGGCAGCAGAUAGGCAACCUGAUGCUUUACACCGCUGCUGGUGUCAAAGGGAGCGACAAGAUCGCUGGAUUUGACAUCGAUGGCUGCAUCAUCACCACCAAGUCCGGAAAAGUGUUCCCAACUGCACCAGAUGACUGGAAGAUCCUGUAUCCUGAGAUCCAGCCCAGGCUGGCCAGCUUACUCAAGAACGGAUACAAGGUCGUAUUCUUCACCAACCAGAUGGGAAUCGCAAAAGGCAAACUCAGACCAGAAGUCUUCAAGUCCAAAGUGGAGGACAUCCUCACUACUCUACAGCUACCAGUGCAGGUGUUUGUAGCAUCCGGUCCAGGUAUCUACAGGAAACCAGUGAUGGGAAUGUGGAACCACUUGUGUGAAAAGGCGAAUGAUGAUGUUCCUGUUGACAAGACAAAGAGUCUUUAUGUAGGAGAUGCUGCUGGCAGACCUGAAAACUGGGCUCCAGGGAAGAAGAAGAAGGAUUUUUCCUGUAGCGACAGACUAUUCGCCCUGAACAUUGGGUUGCAGUUCCACACUCCUGAGGAAUUCUUCCUGGGCUGGAAGAGCGCCCCCUACAGGCUGCCUGAAUUUGACCCUAGAAAACUUGACUCCAAUGCCAGGCUGUAUGACCCACCGUCCGCCUCCUUCACCUCCAGUAAAACUGAAGUUAUCGUUGCUGUGGGUUUCCCUGCAUCUGGAAAAUCCACCUUCUUCCAUACUCACAUCAUUCCAAAGGGCUACGUCUAUGUCAACAGGGAUACACUUGGGUCGUGGCAGAGCUGUGUGACGGCGUGUGAGCGCGCUCUGAAGGAAGGCCGCAGUGUGGCUGUAGACAACACUAACCCAGACCCAGAGUCUCGCAAAAGAUAUUUGGAUGUGGCCAAAGCAGCAGGAGUGUCCUGUCGCUGUUUCCACUUCUCAGCUUCUCUGGACCAAGCAAAACACAACAACCGAUUUCGUGAGAUGGCUCCAUCAGAGACCAAACACGCCAAGGUCAAUGACAUGGUUUUCCACAGCUACAAGAAACACUUUGUGGCUCCCAGUCUCUCUGAGGGAUUCUCUGAGAUCAUCCACAUCCACUUCGUCCCAAACUUCAAAGACAGCAAAGCAGAAACCCUGUUCCGACAGUUUUCCGAAGGCUGAUUGGACAGCACGUAGGCUAAGAUUUGGACUUUGGAUGGAGAAAUAGAUGCCUUUUUACUGACUCCAGCCACGACAUAAUGUUAGGGAUCCUAAUGUCUGUAUGUUCAUUUUUAUGCUCACUGUCUGACCUGAAGCUACUGGAUCUGCAACACUCAAUUAAAGCUGAGUUUGAUC